AGCUCAUCAGCUCAACAGCUCUCCAGCUCCGCAAUGAGCUGAUGAGCUGCGUUGUUUUGAUUGUGAGCCGAUCCGAAUCCGCUCACUAUGAUGAAGCGAUUCGAAUGAACAGCUCAUGAGCGGAUGGCACAUCUCUAGUCUGCAGCCAAACACAUCAGCUCGAGGCCAUAGGUGAGGCGGCUGCUGAUGAUAGCUUUGGCGGAGUUGUGAACUUGGCAAUGGUCGCAGAGCAGAUGGAAAGGUCCAUGUGAGACUAAGCUGUGACCGGUCCUCAGUCUGGACAGGAUUCGUUGUGCUCAUUCUUUUCUCGUCGUUGAACCUAACAGUCGAGCCCUUGAUUUUUGAUCCCUUAAUUUGUGAUCCACAACUUCACGUCAUCCAGCGGCCCUUUCCGAGUGAAAAACAGUCCAAUGUGACCGAUUCCGGCGAAUCGGUCGGCCGCUUCAUUCCCUGCGUUGCCGUUGUGUCCGGGGACCUACAUGAGCACAGUGUCGGGCAAUAGGUACUUCCUGAUGGCCUGUACCCAUGGAUGUUUGGACCUGGUCGCAGAUUGCAUCAAUGGUGCUCGCCGAAUCGGAGACGACCAACAACGGCUUGGAAGAUGAAAUUGUGGUUGCCUCGAAGAUGCCGGCCAUCUCGGCCGAAAAGACCUGGCAGAUGUCCGCGAGUUUCUUGCUGGAAAUCAGACUAUUAUUACUAUCGCUUACUCCAAAUCCAACUCCUGACGCAUCUGUACCUUUCCAGAUAAAUUUGUACGUGUGGCAACACUGGUUGCCAGAGUUUUUUGGAGCUUGUCUGCAGCCAACUCCCUCAGGCAGAACCUGGAACAGACUAUUUAUGGCGACGAGGAAGAUUGUGCCGGCAAGAACAGAACCUUUCAAUCACAAUUCAAACGAUUAGUAUCGUGCAUUCAAAAAGAAGCAGCAGGAUGGCCAGUCAGUCGGCGGAUGUGCAGAUUAAAACGGAAGGAACCGAGAUCCAAUCGUAUCUGGAAUCGUUCAACAAGGAAAUCGACGAGGGUGACGGAGAAAACACCCCCGAUGGCGACGAAGGAGAUGAGGAGGAGGGCGGAUGUUACUUCGUGGAUCAGUGCGGUAAUUAUUACUAUCAGGCUAGUAAGGACUCGGAACCGGUGCUGACUACGGCACCACCUGACGCGGAAAUCGAGGAAGUUGAGGAGGAGUAUGAUGAGGAAGUGGAGACCGUCCCUGUCGAAGCCAAACUUGAGUCCGAUACGAAGGAAGUGGGAUAUGUUCUGAUUGUUCAGGGAGAUGACAGCAAGGAGGACGUCGAGGGUAUUGAUGAGGAAAAUAUUGAAGAAGAAAACGUUUAUGAUUUCGAGGAAGCGGAGGGCAGCGGAACGGAUUUAAAGCCACAUGUCAGCAAACCAUCCAGAACCAAAACUCAGACCUCUGGAGGACUCUCGCAUAUGUGUAAUUAUUGCAACUACACCACAAAUAAACGGUUUCUGUUGGCACGUCAUAUGAAAUCCCAUUCAGAGGAUCGGCCGCAUAAAUGUUCUGUUUGUGAGCGAGGAUUCAAAACGAUUGCAUCGUUGCAGAACCACGUCAAUACCCACACUGGUACAAAACCUCAUCAUUGCAAGCAUUGUGAUAGCAAUUUCACCACAUCCGGUGAGCUGGUGCGACACGUGCGUUAUCGCCACACACAUGAAAAGCCGCAUAAAUGUCCGGAAUGCGAUUACGCAAGUGUCGAGCUGAGUAAACUUAAGCGUCACAUUCGUUGUCACACGGGAGAGCGACCCUAUCAGUGUCCGCAUUGUACCUACGCAUCGCCAGAUACGUUCAAACUGAAGCGCCAUCUGCGGAUACAUACAGGAGAGAAACCGUAUGAAUGUGACGUUUGUCAUGCCCGAUUUACUCAGUCAAACUCGCUAAAGGCUCACAAAAUGAUUCAUCAAGUUGGAGACAAGCCAGUUUUCCACUGUGAACUGUGUCCCACCACGUGUGGGCGGAAGACAGACCUUCGCAUUCAUGUGCAGAAACUGCACACGGCACUCGAAAAGCCGCUCAAAUGUCGGCGUUGCAACAAAACAUAUCCAGAUCGGUAUACCUAUAAAAUGCACACCAAAACUCACGAAGGUGAGAAAUGUUACAAGUGCGAUCUUUGUCCCUACGCAUCCAUCUCGGCACGUCAUCUUGAGUCGCACAUACUGGUUCAUACCGACCAGAAACCAUAUCAAUGCGACAUUUGCGACCAAUCUUUCCGUCAGAAGCAACUGCUGAGGCGUCACGCCAAUCUGUAUCAUAACCCAGACUACAUUAUCCCAGCACCAAAGGUAAAAACGCACAAAUGUCCCAGCUGUCCGCGUUCCUUCAGACACAAAGGAAAUCUCAUCCGACAUAUGGCUUUGCAUGAUCCCGAUUCGUCGGCCCGGGAGCAACAGAUAGCUCUGAAGGAAGGACGUCAGAAACGAUUGAAUAUAAGCGUGCAGGAAGGUGAAGGGGACAGUGACGAAGAGGGAGAAGAACAAGGCAUGGUAACAGUUCAAGGGGAAGAUGGGCAGUAUGUUGUGCUAGAGGUGAUUCAGCUGCAGGAUGAAGACGAGCAAAAGUCGGCGGCCAAGAAGCGGAAAACCGAUGAAGAAUGUCCAGAAGAAUCAGAGCAGGAAGAGGAGGAACCGGAAACUGGUGACGAAGAAGAAGAAGAAGAGGAGUUCAUACUGAAUGAGGACUUCACGGAAGAAAUGUUAAUAUCGACCCUUCAGUCCCCAUCCAGGCGUGGGCGCUUCAACAGCACAACAGUUUCGCAGUCUAAAGCCGCGUCUAAAGAUAUGACUAACUGUUUUGGUUUUGACGAAGAGGAAGGGGACGAGGAUAGCGGCGCGGAAAACAAAGAAACCAUCACUUUGCUACGCUAAGUUAGCUAAUUUAAUACUUUUAAAGUAUUUGAAUAAGUUGAAAUUCAGCUAAACCGUUUAUAUCUUGCGAACUGAAGACAUCUCUAGUCUCCAAAAUAUACACAGCACAUCAGUUUGCACGGCUGCAUAUGAUUUGCUGACUUAUUUGAGUCUUGCUCUGAUGGUUGUGUUCAGAGAAGUUUAUCCUGUACAAAAUUUAGAUUAAGUUGAUUAUCUUUUAGUGGAAGAUAGUUUUAAGCUACUGUAUAUUUCUUAUACACAUUCGGUUAGUUCAACUAUCACUCGGUUCUUAUGAAACUAAACAAUACUAACGGAUUAUGCGUCGCUCUA